UGGAUUGAUCACCCUGCUACAAUGUUUGGAGACUCGGUAUUCUGUGAAAGGAGGCUGUGCUAUGCUGGUGAUUUUACAUGGAACAGCAUGUCUGGGCGCACUGUCCGUCUGAAAUCAGUUCCCAUACAGAGUCUUUCUGAACUGGAGCGUGCACGGCUGCAGGAAGUUGCAUUUUACCGUCUGCAGCAAGAUUUCGACUUAAGCUGUCAGAUCACUAUUCCCAAAGAUGGACAGAAGAGGAAAAAAUCAUUAAGAAAGAAACUGGAUUCACUGGGGAAGGAGAAGAACAAAGAUAAAGAAUUCUUACAGCAGGCAUUUGGAAUGCCAUUAUCACAAGUAAUCGCCAAUGACAGGGCUCACAAGCUAAAGCAAGAUUCUCACAAAGACGAGCAAAAAGAGGUCUCUGACUUUGUUACGUCCAUCCUGCCAUUUGGAUCAAGGCGGCAGAAUAAAGAACUCUCUAGUAGUAAUUCAUCUCUUAGCUCUACUUCAGAAACACCAAAUGAAUCCACAUCUCCGAAUACGCCAGAAGCUGCACCUCGGGCACGCAGAAGGGGUGCAAUGUCUGUGGACUCCAUUACAGAUCUUGAUGACAAUCAGUCUCGACUACUUGAGGCUUUACAGUUGUCUUUGCCAGCCGAGGCUCAAAGUAAGAAAGAAAAGGAAAGGGAUAAAAAGCUAAGUCUGAACCCUAUCUACCGACAAGUUCCCAGGCUUGUGGACAGCUGCUGUCAACAUUUGGAAAAGAAUGGUCUACAAACAGUGGGGAUAUUUAGAGUCGGAAGUUCAAAAAAGAGAGUACGACAGUUACGUGAAGAAUUUGAUCGUGGAGUUGAUGUUGUCUUAGAAGAAGAACACAGUGUCCACGAUGUUGCUGCCUUAUUAAAAGAAUUUCUUAGAGAUAUGCCUGACCCUCUAUUGACAAGAGAACUUUACACACCUUUCAUACACACUAUAAUGUUAGAUCCUGAAGAUCAACUUGCCACCUUACAACUUCUCAUUUAUUUGCUACCUCCUUGUAAUUGUGACACUCUGCAUAGAUUGUUGCACUUUCUAUCAACUGUGGCUGGCCACGCUGAUGACACAGUUGAUAAAGGUGGUCAAGAGAUUACUGGGAACAAAAUGACUUCAUUAAACCUGGCAACAAUAUUUGGGCCCAAUUUGUUGCACAAGCAGAAGUCGUCUGACAAGGAGUUUACAGUUCAGAGUACUGCCAGGGCUGAAGAAAGUACAACAAUUAUCUCUGUGGUACAGAAAAUGAUUGAAAAUUACGAAAGCCUUUUUAUGGUCCCUCCUGAUUUACAGAAUGAAGUUCUCAUUAGCCUGCUAGAGACUGACCCUGAUGUAGUAGACUAUUUACUAAGGAGAAAGGCUUCUCAGUCAUCGAGUCCAGAAUUGGUAAGAUCAGAUGGGUCUUUCUCCAUUGAAGGAAGACACUCCUCUACAGACUCCAAUAAAGCCUCAAGUGGUGAUGUUUCCCCAUAUGACAAUAAUUCACCAGUAUUAUCUGAACGGUCAGUUACUGCAAGACAAGAAAAUAGCUCUGAAAAGGUCCUCAAGGCUGCAGAACACCAGACGUUGGUUAGCCAUUUGCUAUCUAAGACAAAGGAAAACGCUCCAGCGCAGUGGUGUUCAAAAGAAUCUGCACAGGAGCACUUCGACAUAUGGGGUACAUGGCAUUCCACACUAAAAUCUUCUUGUAAGGAUGAAGGAAUGACAGGUUCAUAUGGGAAUAUCUAUGAAAGUAGUUCCUUGCACCAAGGACAGUGUUCUCUUUCCCAGGGUAAUCUGGCACAGAACUGGUCUUUGUGUAAAAAUUCAUUAGCUGAAGUGGACAAUGGCAAGCCAAACAUACGAAGGACAAAUACAUCAACUGCCAUUCCAGAGUUUAGACCUCACAAUUUAGUGACACGUAUUUGCAGUACUCCACAAACAGAUACAGCUAAAAGAAAUCUUGAACACAAGACAAGAUGUGAGCAACACUUGGCCUCAAACAGUACAGAAGAUGUAACAGAGGACAAUGCAACAGUAACAUGUGCUCCAAACAGACCACCUCCUUUGAACUUGCGCCAUUCUGACAUCAAUAGAAAUGAAGCAAGGCUUCCGCCACCCUAUCCUGGUUCAACAAAACAAGCUACAAUGCAGCCUCAACGAUUCCCAUUGUAUUCAGCAGAGCAGCCAGUACUGAGGCCACCAAGGUCCGAAACAGUUGUUGGGGCAUCUUUAGGAAGGACUCCAUCUAGUGAGCAACCUGUUCAGACUAGACAAACUUCUUUAAAAACUCCAACCAACAGCCAAAACAGUAAAAACUUGACAGAUCCUGACUGGCAGGAGUGGCAAAGAGAAAGAUGGCAGAUAUGGGAACUUCUUUCAGCCGAUAACACAGACACACUACCUGAAACACUAGUAUGAUGCUUUGGUUGUCUAUGACAUUGACAUUUAACUGCUAGGGGACUAAACCAAACAAUGGAAUAGU